GGCAAAUACCCGAGGGAAAGAAGAAGGAGCAUUUCGACUUUCCAUAAUCACUCACGCGGAAGCAGGGGAGGAAGUGGUUAGGGAAAUCGAUGUUGAAUUGAAGACUGAAGGACCCAUUGAAGAGGACGAAAGUGGUGAUUAAGCAGCUAUCUUCCCUUCUCUCCAAGACCGUUCUCCUCUCUCAAUUCGAAGGCCGCUUCUUUGACCGCUACGACUGGUUCUGCUUCCAUCCGGGAAAGUUCAGGUCAACUCAUACCCCACCAAUACGCCAACUCAGUGGAGAAGGAAUGGCGAGGGAUAUCGUCACUCGCGUUCUCUUUUGUGGGCCGGACUUUCCUUCUGCUUAUAAUUACACCAAAGAGUAUUUGCAGAGCUACCCAUUCAUCCAGGUUGAUGAGGUGCCUUUCUGCGAUGUGCCUGAUGUUAUAGGGGAGUACCAUAUGUGUGUAGUCAAAAACUUGCGCUUCGAUUCAAAUCUUAUGUCUCGUGCAACUCAAAUGAAGGUCAUGAUGCAAUUUGGAGUUGGGUUGGAGGGUGUUGAUAUAGAUGCUGCUAAAAAGUGUGGGAUCAAAGCGGCUAGGAUUCCGGGUGAUUUGAGUGGGAAUGCAGCUUCUUGUGCAGAAAUGGCUAUUUAUCUAAUGUUGGGCCUUCUCCGAAAGCAGAAUGAGAUGAAUAUUUCUGUGAAGCAGAAAAAGCUUGGAGAGCCAACUGGUGAUACUUUACUUGGGAAAACAGUCUAUAUUAUGGGAUUUGGCAACAUUGGGAUUGAGCUGGCCAAGCGCUUGCGACCAUUUGGUGUAAAAGUUAUUGCCACAAAAAGGAGCUGGGUCACAGGUUCACAGUAUUCUUGCCAAUCUAACGAUCUUUCCACGAAAAGUGAUGAUUUGGUUGAUGAGAAGGGAAAACAUGAAGCUAUGUAUGAGUUUGCAAGCAAGGCUGACAUAGUUGUUUGUUGCUUGACUUUAAACAAAGAAACAGUGGGCAUUGUUGACAAGUCAUUCAUAUCUUCUAUGAGAAAGGGUGGUCUUUUAGUUAAUAUUGCUAGAGGGGGAUUGCUAGACUAUGCAGCUGUUGUUCAUCACCUUGCGGUUGGCCACUUGGGAGGCUUAGGCAUUGAUGUUGCUUGGACUGAGCCAUUUGACCCUGAUGAUCCAAUUUUAAAAUUCGAAAAUGUUCUAAUCACACCUCAUGUUGCAGGGGUUACAGAACAUUCUUAUCGAUCAAUGGCUAAGGUCGUUGGUGAUGUUGCCCUCCAACUUCACGCUGGCACUGCCCCGACUGGGAUAGAGUUUGUCAAUUGAUUCAGUACCGAUAUCUGCUUCUUCAAUUGUUGGGAGCAAAUAAUUUCGGAUGCAACUGAAGACAAAGAUUGUUUACAGAUGUGAAUUGAUCUUUGCCUCAACACUGUUCAUGUUUGCAUAUCUGCUCUUAUUUGAAACCAGAUUAUGGACAUUUAUUUUUUUCUUAACAGUUGGAAGUCAAAAGGAAAGGGUUUCCAUUGAAGGCCAGACCCUAAUCCCAAAUAUUUGUUUGACAUCAAGGCAUUUUACCAUUGCUAUUGUUAUUGCAUUGCUUAUGAAAUGGUCAAAAGCAAGUGUCUUUUUACUUUUGUAUUC